UUACUGUUAUCAGAAUUAUUGAGGAUAAGAAUCUUUUGCUUUUGUGUAUACAUUCCUUGGUGUGGGAACAGUUCUUUCAAUUUUUGACUUUUCUUUUGCUGGGUUUUUUCUUCUGCAUUUGGCAUAUAUACAUAUUGUUACUGUAAAAAGAAAACCCAUUUUAUUAUCUGCAUCUUUCUCUGUGUGUCUGUGCCUCUGUGUGUGUUUUUAUUAGUUUAUACCUCAUGGCUUCUUGGAACUCAGUUUUUCUUUCAUGGCUUAAGAAUUUCAGUAAUAUUUUCAAGGAUUUAUCAAGCAUGAGGGUGGAGAAUCCUGCAAAUGCUAGUCAUUGUUUGUCAUCCUCUGACCUUCUUCCAUUGAUAGAACAAGGGAAUAAAGAGUAUAAAAUGGAUGAAGUCCAGCUUGGUUCACAUACUAUAAGGUCCCAUGGUUUCGCCAUUGCAAGGACACACAUGCAUGAUUGGCUUAUUCUUGUAUUGCUUGUGGUGAUAUGGGUUGUCAUCCUUAUCAUUCAUCCAUUUUAUCGCUUUGUUGGGAAGGAUAUGAUGGAUGAUCUAAGAUACCCCUUACAAAGUAAUACGGUUCCUGUUUGGGCUGUGCCGAUGUAUGCCGUUCUGUUGCCCAUGCUGAUUUUUAUCUUUGUGUACAUUCGUAGAAGGGAUGUUUAUGAUCUUCAUCAUGCUGUUCUAGGCCUCUUGUUCUCUGUUCUAGUGACGGCUGUUAUCACUGAUUCGAUAAAAAAUGCAGUUGGAAGACCUCGGCCAGACUUCUUUUGGCGCUGUUUCCCAGAUGGAAAGGAUGUUUAUGAUAAAUGGGGAAAUGUCAUCUGUCAUGGUGAUAAGAGUGUCAUUAGGGAAGGGCAUAAAAGCUUUCCAAGUGGGCAUACCUCUUGGUCCUUUGCCGGGUUGGGUUUUCUUUCACUUUACUUGUCCGGAAAGAUCAAAGCAUUUGACCGUAGAGGACAUGUUGCAAAACUAUGUAUCGUUUUUCUCCCUUUGUUGGUUGCAUCACUUGUGGGCAUUUCUCGAGUGGAUGACUAUUGGCACCACUGGCAAGAUGUCUUUGCUGGGGGUCUCCUAGGGCUCGUAGUGGCUACAUUUUGCUACUUGCAGUUCUACCCGCCACCAUACGAUGCAAAUGGUUCAGGGACUUAUGCUUAUUUCCGAGUAAUCGAGGAGUCGACUGCAAAUACAACAAACACAAUCAAUGCCGCGAAUCUUCCAAAUGCAAUGACCGGAGAGAUUCAGAUUGCGAACCAACAAGAACCAACCGAUAAUGGAUUUAUGGGAAUGCAUUUAGCACGCAAUUCUAAUUCAGUGUUGGAAGAUGUGGAAUCGGGGAAGAGUUAACUAGGUGAGUUUCAUGUUCCAAAUUCGUAUGUAAAUGAGGAAUACGUUGUAUAUACGUGCAUCGUCUCUUAGUUAUGGAUUCUAUUGCUAUAUUAUUAUUGUAUAGCCAAUAAUAACACUACUAUUAAGUAGCACAGCUUUUCCUUCUGUUUCUCCUAUUGGCUUAGAUGUGAGGAGUGAAAAAAAUGAAAAUAAAAAAAUCCAUGCCAUGACUAGUGUUUUGCUAUGUUAUCAAAUUCGAGGUGAGUGAAGAAUACGGAUAUGUUCAAUACGGGUAUCUUCAAUUAUUUCAAAGCAUUUUUCAUAUA